AUGGAGGCCAUACAACGACUCCAUAUUUCUGUUGCUCAAACUUUUGAGAAUUGCUUCGAUACCGCUUACAGGGAAUGCAAUGCAGAGCUCGUCGCGUACGAUGCACGCGUCAAGGAUGCGGAAGAAAGAGCCAAAACUUUUGAUGAGGCUCGCCAGAGGACUGCCUCUGAAGCAGAGGUGCUAAGACACAAUAUAUCUCUCCUUCAGGAAAAAAUGCGACAAGGUGAAAUUGAUUCGAAAGAACACCAGAACUCCACCGCAAGCGAGCUUCAAUUAGAUGAUAAAUAUGAGCCACGGCUUGUCCUGGGAAACAAGCACAUCUCAGAUAUGGAUGCGGGUGAUAUGGAAAGAAUCAGCGAUAGAUAUGCCGAACUAUACGAACAGGCCGGCAUGCUCGUGCAUGCGUCGAAUGAUCUCAAAAAACGAGUCAAACGUCACAAGAAAAAGCUAGAGCAGUGGCAGAGCCUUCUUCAACUCCAAGAGUUUACGUUUACCGUUAAUGGUAAACCCGUCAAGUUUCGACAAGUUGAAUCAACGGGCCCAAUGAAUCCAUCGGUGCUGUCACCUAGGCUCUCAUCCCACAUACCCAAUCCAUUAAGAAGCCCCGACAAGGACUUGCAAACAAACAUGUCGAUGAGGAAGUCAACUACACCCAAACGUGAAGUGGCUCACAAACUCGGCAACAGUAACGCUGGAAACGAAUGGGACAGGACAAGUGAGCAGUGGCGGCGGAAAAAACAUCCAGAGCUGACGUCUACACCGUCGGAUGCUUCAACAGGCGAGUUGCCGCCAGACACUCCUACUCGUUCAGGCGCACACCCCGUAAUGCGGAAACGAAAACGUUCUACUCCAGUGCAACCUCCUCCAGAUAAUAAGUUAUCUUCUAAAUGCCCGAGCAAUGACUGUAUGGAACAUCCUAUUACGGUCAAAAGUGAGACAUUGUCUUCUAGCCCUCUAAAAACCCAUUCUCCUCAAGGCAGGCCACCGGGAACUCAGGAUCUGGAUGAUAUCGGGGAUACUGUGGCUACUCCUACCAAAAGGGUCCGCUUUCAUAGGAAUCAUGAUUCAUACACUCCUCCGGAGAACCCCCUGGCCAACACGAGAUCGCCUUGGCACGAGCAUAUGGUGCGCUCAAACUGUACACAUGAGGGUAAUCAGGCCAAUCAUGAUAAGUCAAGGGCCCUUCAGCCUAUCGAUGGCAACUUGAGGAACACAAACGAUCUUGGCCAGCCAUUGGGGGGGAAAAGGAUGAAAAAAUCCGGAUGCAUAACGCGAAUAUCUUCUAUAACGGAGGAUGGUGAUGAAAAUCAGCCCCCGCCGCUCGCGAGUAGAAGAGGAACAGAGCCACCGCAGAGUAACCAAAGUGUGCGCGAUCCGUCAAGCGGGAAUCGACUAUCGGAUCUACUCGAAGGAACGCCACCGAGAGACCGAAACUUCCAGCUUGGGAUCACAUCCACUACUUCUUCGCGCACUGAAGGCCGCGAGUGGCGGUCGUCUAUAAGAGGUAGCUCCUUGAGAAGCUGUGACGAGGCAGAUUCCACGUCCAAUACAACACCAACUUCGAGGUCUCCUCGAGGAAACCAGGAAUCGAACCUACGAGAUAGUAAACUGGAUACACAGUUGGAGCUCCCCGGCCAAAUGGAAGCAAUUCCUAACAACAAACCCUACAGAACCCGGCCACUGCAACGACUCGGUCUUGAACAUUUUAAAAUAAACCCUGAUUACAAUCACGGACUAGAUUAUGCCUAUGAUGAGGUUAUCCGAGGAAAAGACGGGCGCAAAUGUGCCAGUGGCUGCACGCGUCCUGGUUGCUGCGGAGAAAAGUUUCUUGCCAUGGCACGUUUUGGUAUCCCGGUGGAUGCAUCUAGAGAAACAUCGAAUGACCACGAAACCCUCAAAGAAUAUUUGGGGGAGUAUCAGAACAUAGUUGACACGCUUAGCCCUGAGGCGCGUGGAAAUCUAUUAGUCGAAGCAAAGGCGAAAGUCUUUGCUGAUCGAUUUGGCAAACACCGGCAUCAACACCACAGACCAGGUACACCCCCCGGGUUUUGGCGCACGGAAAUGCCUGGCACGCAGGAAUUAAAAGAAGACCGCGAGGAAGCCCAGAGACUAGAAAGAGAUAAGGUGAAGGAGCGGCACAGAGAAGCAAUACGUCCAGGCGGGCGGUGGUUGUUUGCAGAUGAGUGA